ACGCCUCCAGCGGACCCCAAAAAUCCAAACAAUCAUCUCGAAAGCGUGAGACGACCCUCAUGUGCAUUUGUUUACAUCAUAAAUUGGACUGAAUUUUGGGAUUUAUCAAUACCCCGUUACAACCAUUCUGUGUAAAAUGUAAUCGUCUAUGUUUUGUCGGACAGCCAUGCCGUUCUCUCGCGAUGAUAAACAGCAUAGAGCCGACCAAUUUCGCCAGCAAGUAGAAGAACAGCUGGAUGAGCAAGAUGCUGGCGAUGGUGAUGGCGAAGUAAACAACAAUGAACACGAGGAGCCAUGUUGUGUUCCGUUGAGUUGCACUGAAGGCGGACCUGUGCAUACGGACGAUCCGGAUGACUGUCAAAAAGUUGUCUGCAACAAUCCAGAGUGUCACAGGGGGAAAUACAUGCAUAAGAUUUGCUUUGAUAUAUGGGAGGAUGAAGUUCUGACAUAUCUGCGAUCGUCUGGUCGGGCGAGAAGCUGGUCGGAAAAGCAGCGUCGCCAGAAUUUGUGGACAAAGAAAGGCUACGACUUGGCGUGGAAAGCAUGCUCGUGCAAGUGUGGCAAGGGUCAUCUACGGAAGGACCUGGAAUGGAUCCCGCCGAAGCUCCCCGAGGGUGCUGCUGCUGAGAAUGCCCAGCAACGUAGACAUCGACGCCGCAAGAAGUCCAAUGAGAAACCAACCAUUGGCCGAGCUAAUUCGAUCACUUCAAGUUCUGGAAAUGGCAAUGGAAAUGGCAAUGGACAUGGGAAUGGAAAUGGCCACGGAAAUGGACACGGUAGACUGCGACAUACAUCUGCUUCCUCAACAGCAUCAACCGAAAGCAACCACACUCCACCACAAAGUCCAAGUGUUUAUCAACCAGGCAGCAAGAACCAACGUUUUCCACCACAGAUAGCAGUGGUUUCUAAUCCACCUACCAGUACCACUUCUGCUGCCACAGCUGCAACUUCUAGCCACUCAGCAACACCAACCACAACAGCAACAUCGACUGCAAGUACAUCGGCGUCCGCUGUAACCCCAACAUCAGUGAGCCACAGCACGCAGUCACAGAGCCAUGAUAAUUGGAAUAAGCGGCAACAUGGUGGAAGCAGUGGAGGGAAAAUCCAGAAUCAACCCCAUCAUUUUGUAUCUCCGAUGCCACAGCAGCAGUAUCAGGGGCCACAAUCCCAUCACGACUACCAUGGGCCACCACUGAAUAUGGCCCAUCACCAACAGGGUGGCAACAGGCAGGCCCAACCUUCCAACAGAUCACCACAAUUUCAUCACGGUGGACCACCCGACUUCCGACCGCAGGGAGAGAGGUCUGGCAACAUGCAAGCUGCCCUCAACACCAACUUCUUCAGCAGCAACGUCUACUGGAAUCCCACGACGGAUAAUAUGCCUCCUCCUGGCAGCAGUUCAAAUAGCAGUGGCAGUGGCGGAACUGGUACACGAGGUUUCUUACCACGCUUGGAUCUGUCUGCCUUCUACCAGGUGUUGCCGGCACACAAGCUCAACUCGUACCACAUCAAGAUGGAAGAGGACAGUCAGCCGGAGUCCGAGGAGAUACGCUCCUUCAUAUUCGCGACUCUCAAUAUACAUGGCACCCGCGUCAUUCCAUGUUCAGUGUGUACGAGGAAGCUUCCCGUCUUUGAUCGCUAUCCUCUGAUCGAUGGCACAUUCUAUCUUACUCCGCAACGACAGGGCGAUGGUAACAACAAGGGUCUACAAGUUGGUCUCCAGAGCUCCCAGUACCUGAAUGCUGUCUGCAUGCAGUGCUUAGAGGGUGUUCAGCGGAUCGUCUGCCGUAUAUGCAAGUCGCGCUGGGAUGGUAGUCAUCACCAGCUGGGGACGCUCUACUCCUACGACAUCUUUGCAGCCUACCCCUGCUGCCCGGGGAGGGCGGGAUGCAAGCGGUGCGGCAAGCCAGUCAUCGACCCCACCCGCGGCACGCACUUCUUCAGCGAGUACUCGAGGAGUAUACAAUGCCCCCACUGCGGCGUUCCCGACUUCCACUUUGUGAAACCGCUGAGCAGCUACGAAGUCCACUCCAAUUCUGUACAAUCGAUCAAUGUAUGUUAACCACUUGAUCGCUUAGAAGAGUGCUGAUUCAGUGUACAUGUAAGCAUACUCCAGCGGAAAGCAAGGAUUUUGAAUCGCAUUAUUAUGGCAAAAUCUUAGACCGAUUUGAACUCUCUCGAGCCUGAUACGGUGUUAUAUUUUCUGACCUUUUCAUACAUAGUAUGUUUUCUUAUUUUCUCAUUUUUAAAACUUAGUAUCUUGUUUGAUAUCUAUAUUUUUUGAAAGCAUGGUAAUUGAACUUAUCAAGAUGCUUUGUUUAAAGCAUAGAUUUUGUUCUUAUACAAAGCAGUUCAUACAUAUGUGUAAAGCAUUUAUCAAUAUUGAUGUUUUUUGUAUUUAAGCAAGUAUAAUCAAUUUGUUUGUAAAUUGUUGAUCACAUACAUACAUGUUUACAUUGUAUUUGAUAGUGUGCUUUAUCAUCAAUGAUCAGUUGAUAACAAGAUGACUGAUGGUAUUGAUUUUCAUGCUCUCUGCUGAAUUGCCAAGAUUUAGGAUAUGCCUAAUUAUCAAAAUUGGCUGGCACUCAGUUGGCAAAGUUAGCAAUUUCUGUGUUUGAUCAUGUACUCUAGGUAUAUAUAAAAUUACUCUCAGCAUACUGGUAAUAGGUCUCCUGGGACCAGUUGCAGAAAGAGUUGCAAUCAAACGCAACUCAAAAAAUCUUGCGCAACUUGAUUUUCAGUCGAUGAAGCACCCGCAAUGGGGACUUGCGCUUGAUAUUUUGACGUGCGUUUAAACGCAACUCUUUCUGCAGUAGGCCCCUGAAAGGAAAAAUACUGAACUUUAACAACAAUAAACAAUUAGGUUUUUUUUUAAGUUGCAGUUAUUCAUUUUGGGAGUACAAGUACGUAAAGGUUCAUCUAUGAAUAUUGAAGCUCCAGAUCAAUAAUGUUACGAGUGUAGAAAUUGUUAUUAAAAUGCAUAUCCUGAUUGAAUUAUUUAAAGAGAAAUUACUCCAGGGCCCCAUCUUACAAAUAGUUAUGGUAUGAUCGAACCGAUCUACCUCAACUGUAUGGAGAUCCAUUGAUGUCAUAAUUUUUGUCUACAAUUUGUACAGUGUUCUUUGUUAUGUAAACAAAGAGAAGCACACUGAAUUUUUCAAGGAAUCAAUGAAUGUAUGAAUUAACAGCAUAUCUAAACACUGUUUUGAGCAAACAUGCAUUUUAGGUGUUGAUGUUGCUGGCUUUCCAUAGUUAUGGUUGAUCGUAUCAAUCGUAACUCUUUGUAAGAUGGGCCCUGGUCACUUUCAAUGUGGAAGACAGAAAAGAAAAUGCUUAUUUGUUGUUCAGACUGACAAUUGUCAUUAAUUUCUUAAAUUAUUUCCAUUUUAGUGAGUCAGACUUGAGCAGUUGACCUCUCUUCUGUUUUGCAGACUGACACAUUGAACAUAUCAUUGAUAACGCUUUCAACAACUUACAUCUAGUCAUUCAAUGUGAAGAGAAUUCAUUGAUUAAAAAUAAAGGCAGAGGCUUUGAUUCUUUGUUUCUUUCCUGGCAAACCUAUUAAAGGGGUCUUCCAUUAUUAAAGUUAGUGAAUGAACUUCACAAAUGCAUGCCAUUCAGUUUUGAAACAUUUGUUGUUGCUCUGCUUGACAAGCUUUCAUGAAAUUUCUUAACAUCUGCUUGAAAUAUGAAUGUUUUUAUUUUGGAAAGAUCUGAGAUGGAUAAUCUGUUCCAGUAACACAUACAUGUAUACCAACUUAAUAUUUUCUUAUGGUUGAUUUAGUACUCAAGAAUACUAUGUCAAUAUUUCACUGGAAAUGUCCAUAACUUUUGAUGUACUCUUCAGAAAUUAUGAGAAAUAUGAAGUUUACAUUAAAAACAUGAAGCUUGAGUGUUGGUAAAAGUCGAAAAAGUGGCUUUUGUGUGGAAUUUGAACUCAUCUUAAUAAAUGAGGAGAUGGCAAAAUUUUUGUUUUGAUAAUUUAAUGAACACUUUUGAAACAGUCAUUGAUCUUAAUUUCCAUCAUUGGGGAGAAGCCUUGCAUUAUAUUUUCAUAGAUUAUUUGUCAAACUCAUAGAAAACUGUUAGACAAUUUGGGGAAAAAUGGAGAAUGUUUGUGAAUAUGAAGUGGACCAACAUUGGAAUGUGGGGUAUUUUCCCAACUCUUGUGCAAGAAAAACAAGUAAAGGGGGAAAAAUGUGCAUUUGAUUUUAUUUCUUGGAAAGGAGUUUGAAAGUGCUAUCAUCUUUAUCAUUAUACAGCAGCUGUUUAGCACUAUAAUUUUGUUUUGUAUGAUGUAGUUUACAAGUUAUCUGGACAAGCCAAAUUAUGUUAAUUCUUGUUUCAAUUAAAAAUACAUGUGUGUAGAUUUAGCAUUUAGGAUAUGAAAAGUGAUUAAUUCAGCUUUUUAUUUUUAAUAUAUGAUUAUCACAUGUACAUUGGUAUCUUGUCAAUUCAAGUUGAAUCCUUCCUUCAUUUUAUUGACGAGGAGUUAGAGAAGGAAAACCUCCCAUUCCAUAUUAUUGUAUAAUAUUUUAUUUUCUAUUUUAACCAUAACGUUUGAAUUUGUCAUUCUUUCAAAGUUUUGUAAGGGAUUAUUUUAGAAUGAAACAAAGGAAUAUGGUUCCAUUUCAACCACUGCCAUUGUGUCAGCUGACAAGUCAUUUAUAUGCAUUUGGUAGUCUCUCCACCCAGGGGCCUGUAACAUAUACUUCAAUCGGUAUAUACUGUGGUUUAGUAUAACUGUACAUCUGUAUUAAACAACAAAAAGUUACAAUGAUGGUAGACAGGAAUAACCGUCGUUUCUGGGGAUUUAUUCAACAAUUUCUGACAUUUUUACUACAAUCCCCAUUCAUAUGUAUUGGUGAGUGAGCCAACGCAGUUCAGCGGAACAACCAAAAUACAGAGACUGAAGCUUUUGGUCUACAAUGAUGGUAUCUAUUUGUUGCACAUCCCAGGUGUUGAUGUACAUGUAAAUUGGUCAAAACUCUCAGCUGGGGGAAAAUUGUCAAAUAUAUGCUUUGAGAGCUGAUAUUGCUACGUGUAGCAUAGCAGUGAUGAGUGAAGGAUCCAUGUUUUAUCAAUCGAUAAAGUAUAUUUAAAAUUUUGAUUGAAACGUUUGUAUAGGUCGUUCACAUAUUUUUCAUAUUUAUUUCAUGUACAUGUAUUUGCAUUUGAAAUGGUAUGUAUUGAAUUUUUGGUUCAUACAUAUCAUAUGCAUAUUAGAGUUGUUUCCCUUUUAGUGGAUUUUUUUUUUCAAUUUUGUGAUCUAAAUCGCUGACGAUUUGGGGGAACCUACAUGAUACUUUAGGAACCUGAUACAGAAUGAUUAAAUUAGAUACAAGUUUAUGUAUUUUGAAAUUUGAGAAGAUCAUUAUUCAGAUGAGUAAAGUAUUUUAUGUACCAGCCCAAAGAUACUUUACUAUUAAAAGAUAAAUCAAAAGGCCUAUACAUGGAGAGGCGUUCAAAUUUAAUUUGAUAUAAAUUAUAAGGGUUGGAAUAAGAACUUGACCCUUUUACAUAGUCAGAUUCACAACUCAAGUAGAUAUUAUGAAUGUUACA